CUGACCUGGAGGCUCCGGUGGGCGAAUCACGGGAGAGAUGCGACCGACUCGGAUCGCCAUGUCUUGCAUCGCGAGCUCAAGCCGUCGCGCGGCAGCGUGCUGCUCGUCGGCGCUUCUUCGCCCACGUCCUACCUAUCGGGAGCCAGUCGCCAUCACUCUGACACGCCCCGACGCGAGUGUAGCACGAGGUCCCGGGCCGACAUCUCGAUGCGUAUCUUUGCGGCAUCUAUGUAGCUCAUCGCGGGCCUCGAGAGCGUCUCUGGCGUCAAAGCGGAUGAACGCAUCCAAGCCAGCAUUCCAGCUCGAGCAUGCCGCGAGUGGCACGCGUCUACGUCCAUCUGCUGACGGGCGGGGGAUACUUGUCAAGCAGAUAUCGCACCCCGACUUGCCUCCGGUAGAAGUCUCCUACGCCUGGCUCCUGGACUCCGAUCAGAGUAAGCACAACAUACACCCUACCACGAGCCAAAAAUUCUUUCACUCGAGUGAUGCGGUCCAUGCGGUUGAAGGCGUGAAGGAUCAAGCGCUAGACCUGCGGACACCGCCGUAUAUUGAGCAAGAUACGCUCGUCUUGACUCUGAGCCCGGACAUUCAAAUUACCAACGCAUUUUCGCAGACAUUUUGCGCGCCGUCGACGGCUACUUCACGCACUGCUAUUCCAACUAUGGCUUCACCGCGCGAAAUCCGCAUUCCUCUACCUCUUCUUCGAGCUCACACGGACGCGGCGGCGUAUGAUGUCUGGCAUGCAGACGUUCUUGGGCUCGCGCAGCCGUGGCUCUCCGCCUCUCUGGCAGGCGCCAAGGACGGCAGUGCCGGACCGUUGCUGAUUGACUGGAAUCAAAUCGGCUUGCCUGAAAGCGAGCUCCAGCGACACCUCACAGAUACGAUGAUUCCAGUAUCGGCAGGAGGCGAAGGGAGCAUUGCUUCUGCCGAAACGACAAAGCGGCUCGCAGCUCUCCACACACUCACAUACACGCUCCUGCGUGACGGCCUUGCAUUCGUAACGUCCGUGCCAACGCAAACAACCGCCUCGGUCCCGUUCAAUACCGCAAAUCAGAACGGCGGGAACAUGAAAGAACGAAAAGUCGCAAUGCUUUACCAUGUCGCUCGCCUACUUGGAGAGAUACGCGCUACAUUCUACGGCCCUGCUCUCUGGGACGUGCGCUCGAUGCGACAGUCCAAGAACAUAGCCAACACCAACUCGGAUCUUGGCUUCCACGCAGACCUGUGCUACUUUGCGAAUCCACCACGGUUUCAGUUCCUGCACAUGCUCAGGAACCAAGUGCAAGGGGGAAAGAGUCUCUUUGUCGAUGGCUUUGCGGUCGCAAAGGAGAUGUGGCGGAAGCACAGGGACGAAUUCAUGGCACUUGCCACUACACCCGUCUCCUUUCACUACAACAACGACGGAAGAUACUACCGCUUCGCCCAUCCGACAAUCGAGCUCGCGCAACCAUACCAAGGCUUUGCAUCUUCUUCGACAGCAUCGUUCCCGCACUUACCAGCCGGCAAGACAGCGUGCCUCACCCCGCCCAUCGCAUCGUCAAAUUCAUCUUCAAAUCAACACGAAGACGCCGAAGACCCAAUGCCGCGUCUCGUAGCGAUCAACUACUCACCGCCUUUCCAAUCUCCCUUACCGCUACACCCUUCACCAUCACCACCGAGCGGCGGCAGAGGCGCAGACAGCCCGCUCUUCCGUCGCGCGCUCUCGACGUUUGCGCGACUGACACACGACGUGCGCUUUGCCCACGUGCGACAAAUGUCGCCUGGCGAGUGCGUCAUCUUCGACAAUCGUCGGGUAUUGCACUCGCGAACUGGGUUCGAGUGGGACGAGAACGAGGAGGCUUGUACCAGCGGUGGCGGCGGCGGCGAGUUAGACCAAGUGAGGCGAUGGCUCAAAGGUUGCUAUGUUGAAGGCGAUGCGGUCUGGAGCACGUACAGAGUGCUAAGUGCACAUAUCCAGGCUCUGAAGCAGCGGGAAUGAUGAGCGAGACAGAUGAAUGUAA